AUUUGGCAAUGCAACUGGGGGUUUGGGUAAACUCUGGACACGCAUACUCACGUUGGGCGCCCCUCUGGCUUGGGAGCAAUGUUUACUUGAGCAUGGUAAUCUUGCAUCGUUGAGCGGUUCAGAUGGCGUCUCACGGAAAUAUGGCAGGGGACGCCUUUGGCUCGUUCAAGCCCACCACGGCCCCUGCCGUUGUGAACGAAAUUCUGGACUGGGCCAAAAAGGUGAUGGUCGUCCAAUUGCUCAAGGAGAACGAACGCGUCUGCGACCUCUAUUGUGGGAGGGGGGGCGACAUCCGCAUCUUUGCAAGCGGCAAAGUGGGGGGGUACUUGGGCAUUGAUUCGUCCGCCUCAGCUGUAGAAGCGGCGCGGGAGAAUUGGCUUAAGCAUGGGAAGCCGUUCGAGGCCGACUUUCACGAGGUUGAUCCUUGCUUAUCGAAACUGAUUGGGCGGCUGGGGUUAGCGAGCGGGGAUUUUGAUGUGGUCAGCUGUCAGGGCCAUCUGCAGGACUCUUUCCUGACGGAGAUCACAAUGCGGAGCUUCUUGACAAACGUGGCUGCGCUUCUGAGGCCCGGGGGGUACUUCUUUGGAACGUGUCCGGACUCCAGCACAAUCUGGGUGAAGGCCCAGAAGGCGUUACAGCAAGCGCUGCAGCACGGGCAGACGGGGCCCAUCCCCAAGGUGGCCUCAAAAUCGUUCCAGAUCACCUUUGAGAACGACAAGUUCUCCACCUUUGGUUGUGAGUACUUCUUCUCGCUGAUCGAUGGCAUGCCCCCUCAGAAGCAGCUAUUGGUCCAUUUCCCUUCGCUUAUAAGGUUUGCCGCUGAGGUGGGGCUGGAUAUGGUCGAGAUCAGCAAUCUGGAGGACUUCUACGAGUACAACAAGGCCCCUUUUGGCGACUUGCUCCACCUGCCCACGUCCACCGACGGCAAGAAGCGCAUUCCCGGCUACGCCAAAGAGCUCAUGUCCAUCCACGCCACGUUCGUCUUCCGCAAGUCCGAGCGCGCGCUCCCCGCGCCCCUCCCGCACAUGAGCCCGCUCCCGACGGUGCUGACGUCAGCACCGGACACCGGACUUUCGGACGUUUCGGACGGGGAGGCUGCGCCGGGAGCUGCGGACGAUGCGUUUGCCGUGGAUGGGGGGUCGCCCAUGCUGCACAUUUCCAGCCCCCCGAAAAUUGUUGCCGCCCCCACGGAAGAGGAGGCUGCCCCAGGGGAUCCCCCUGCGAAGGCUGAGGUGAAGAGGCGGCGGCUGCGGAAAGUGCAGAAAGAAGCGGAGGUUCCGGUACCGGGGGGUGUGGAAAAGCCCGUUGUACAGAAGACGCCGGCGGAAGCGGUGGGAAUUGCUGCUGGGAAGACGCGGCUUGGGCGGCUGAGAAAGGCGGGCGAGGGACCCCGGGGCGCAGGGGCAGAGGAAGGGGUAACUAGAGCGGCAGAGGAACUCAAGGCGGGAGCUGCGAGUGCAGCGACGAAGAGGAUUGAGAAGGUGGCCAGGGUCAAAGCAACUGGCGAUGCCGAAAAGGUGGGGACGGGCCAGGCAGCGGGAGUGUCGAAAGACGCAGCGAAACCGGACGACGCUGCCAGGGGCGCAGUGCCCAAGGGCGCAGUGCAACCCCUGAAAAAGGGCGUGCUGAAGAAGGUGGGGAAAAAGGGCGGUAUUGCGGUGUUUGUAGCACGGGGGGCCGGAGAGAAGACGAGCGAUUCCCCUCGGAUGCGUGCAGAGGGGAUGGCGAUACUUGCGCUGGCUGCAUUUGCACCCGGGGCCGACGUGCCAAAAGUCGAAAAGAAACGGGGGGUGAAGGCUGACCCGGGCAACGCGGGGUCCGUUCCGGUUCCGGUGAAGGAUGAGCGCGGAGCAAGCGAGGGCGUUAGAACGGUUGCCGCAGCGCCCGGAAAGAAGGGCGGGAGGCUGCGGAAAAGGCAGGGCGGAAUUGUUGAAGCGGCGACGGCGACGGCGAGCGAAGAGGAAGUGGUUGCGAAGGUGGAGGUACCGGAACCGGAACCCGAAGCGGCUCCUCCGGAGCUACCCGCAGAGGAACCGAAGCCAGCGGCAGAGGAAACAAACAUCUCCGUCGAGAAAGCAGGCAGUACGGCGAGAGGGGUGAAGAAGGGGGCUGCGAAGGCUGGGGGUUUGCCAGGGAGGCCACCCCCCCGCCGGUCGUCGCGCUUCGAGAAGUUCGACUUUGGGGCGGCAUUCCAGGGAUCCCCGACGGAGUUCUCGUUACCCGAGGAGUGGCUUUCAGAGGCGGGGGGCAGGAAGAACCGGAGGAUGAGCAUCCGGGUGCCGUCCUCGGAAGAGGGAGCGCCGGACCAAGUGCUCGAGGCGCAGAUUGACGAGGUGGGGGUAAGAAGGGCACGCGCGGCGAGCAUUGAGCGCGAGAUCGAGGCCGCGCAAAUAGAGGCGGUUGCGGAGGGGAAGAGCGAGUUUGUGCGGGGAGAGGGAGGUGAGGCAGGCUGGGCAGCGGAGAAAGGAAAAGGGGGCCAAGAGAGGGGAGAUGGGUUGGUAGCGAAAACAGAAGCCCGGGGAGGAGCUGUCCAAGAAGGCGGAAGAGAGGGAGACAAAGGUGCUACAGCUGCGGAGGCGGGUGCGGUGCUGCGGGCUCCCGGGAAAGGGGGGAAGAAAGGGAAGGGAAAGAAACAGAAGCGCGGGGGUGGUGAGGUGGAGAGUACCGCGGCGCUUGCCCGAGAAGCAGGCCCUGGAGUCGAAGCGUCGGCUGGAGUGGCGGGUGACGCGUCGGCGGGGCUUACGGACGACCCGGCCGCGCAGCCGCCGUCCGCUGGUGACGCCUUGGCAGGAGAGGAGAGUCAGGGCAGAUUGGAUCCGCUGACGGAAGCAGGAGAAGCGGAAGGCGUGGGACGAGACACGCGGAGCCAAGCGCCCGCGCCCGACUCGCUCCAACUAGGGUGGGCUUAUGACGAGGCGCAACCCUUCGUCGGAGCCGUGUACACAAGAGCGGGAAAGAGGAAGGGCGGGAAAGCGCAGGGGGGGGGGAGCGGCGCGGCGAAGGAAGGGGAGAAGACCGCAGUAACGGGUGACGGGGAGCCAAGCCCGAGCGUUACGCCGGGUAAGAAGCGGCCUGGCAAGGGGGGCAGAAAGAGCGGGGCGGUGGAAGAGGCCGCGAGCGAGCGAGGCGGGGCGGGAGUAGCAGACGGUGGGGAUUCACGGACACCAACUAGUGUGGCGACUUCGGCGCUGGAGUCGAGUCCGAGGCUCGUGCGGCGCGUUAGCACGCGGAGGGGGGGCGAGCAGAGCCAGUUUCUGGAGUUGAACAUGGACUUGCCGAGUCCGGAGUACAAAAGAAAGAAGGGCGGAAAAGGCGAAGGCGGGGGAGGGAAGAAGAACGAGGGUGGGGAGGAAAAGCAGGGCGGGGGGCUUGAGGAGGGCGGUAGUCAGGGGACGGAGCCGGGAGCAACGGGUGGGGCGCGAGAGCAUUCAGUGGUUGGCGAACUUCCAGGCACAGAAGCGGCAUUUAAUCAAGAGGGAGAUGGGGAUGGUCACACGAAGGAGGAAACGGAUGAGGCUGGGGAUAGGCCAGCUUCCGACAAGCCUCACGGGUUGAGUACCGCAGGUACUCAGGGUCAGGGGGGUCAAUAUACGGAAGAGAAUACGGAAGAACGGCCAUCAGGCGAGGGCAGCGAUUUGGCGCAGUCCGCGGCUAAAGAAGCUCAAGGUGUGGAGCCGAGAGGAACGGGAGACGCAUCAGACGAUUCAAGGCAACAAGAAGCGACCGUGGCACCAGUAGCGGAGGCAAGAGUUGGGUUAGAGGAACCCGGGGUUUCUGCAAAGCUGGAGGUAGGCAAAGUAGAGCCAAAGAGCGGCAAUGAAAAAUCAGAAAGGGAGCACCCAGAAGCGACUGGCGGGCUGGGACGGUCUGGGUUGAGUGUCGAUUGCCAGUCCGAGGCAGCGGUUGGAGAAGGCGAUCAGCAGACGGGCAGCAGACCUCCGGAAGCGGGGCCGGCAGGAGAGGCGGGCGAGGACGGGCCGCCUGGGAACAGUGCUCACCAGAAAACGGAGAGGGAUGACGUAAUGGAGCAGCUGGAAAGCCGCGUUCAGGACGUCACGGCCAAUGAAGCGGAACGGAUGGAGGGCGGAGGAGAGUUACCGAGGAAAGAGUCCGGUCAGAAGAGUCGACAGGAAAGGGGCUGAACGAAGAGACUAAUCCGAGGGCGGUACCCCUCGACAGCCGGGUUCAGACUGGAGAAGGCAGAAGCAAUCAUGCGGGUGCUGAGCCCGGUGCCAGACGAUGUGAAGCUGCGCCGGGAGGAUGCAGACGUUGCGCAGCAGACUGUCGUGGCGAGGAAGAUGCCAGCAGAAAUAAGUGGCGGAGUGCUCGUUGCGGCACCGACUGGAGACCAAGAGGCCCAACCGACGGGCAAGGCUAAAGCAUGGACUAACACGUUUGACAUGUGGUGGGUUUGUACUGAACGUCCCCAGUUACUCUGAUGGUUAAUGGAAGGACGACUACGGAUCUCGAAUUCCGGCCGUUUUGACCAUGGCAAUGAUGGACAUGGUGUGACUCAAGUUCGCCUCGUUGGUGAGGUUGAGUCAUCCAAC